UCACGGGUGUUGUAGUCUCGCCGCCCUUCGGGCUGGUCCAGCAACCCGCAGGAUGUCGGAGGUCCGGCUGCCACCGCUGCGCGCCCUAGACGACUUUGUCUUGGGGUCUGCGCGUCUGGCGGCUCCUGAUCCAGGCGAUCCACAGCGAUGGUGUCACCGCGUCAUCAACAAUCUCCUCUACUACCAAACUAAUUACCUUCUGUGCUUCGGCAUCAGUCUCGCUCUGGCCGGGUACAUUCGUCCACUGCACACCCUCCUGAGUGCACUGGUAGUGGUGGUGGCCCUCGGGGUGCUGGUGUGGGCUGCUGAAACCCGUGCAGCUAUGCGCCGCUGCCGUCGCAGCCACCCUGCUGCCUGCCUGGCUGCGGUGCUUGCCAUUAGCCUCCUCAUUCUCUGGGCCGUGGGCGGCGCUUUCACCUUCCUGCUCUGCAUCACAGCGCCGGUGCUUUUGAUCCUGCUGCAUGCUUCACUACGCCUGAGAAACCUUAAAAACAAGAUUGAGAACAAGAUCGAGAGCAUUGGUCUAAAGCGGACUCCAAUGGGACUGCUCCUAGAGGCACUGGGACAGGAGCAGGAAGCUGGAUCCUAGGACUGUGGCAUCUACACCCUGUAUCUAGACCACCCUCAACCCCACCCCCUCCCCAUACCGAAGAUGGAGCCUUUCCCCAGCCAUUAAAAUAGGAGUCUAGUGCCCUCUGGCCUGUCCAAAAAAUAAAAGACACCUGUGACUGCAUACUCCAACCCCAAACUCCGUCAUUUCUUGCCCUCCAGCCCCUGUUAUCUAGGGACCAAAGUCUUCCUCAGUACAGCCUUGAAACUGGGUUUUUAAACCAGAGCAUAUCCAUUGUCAAUCUCAAAACUGGACCCAGAGAUACUCCCCUAACCCAAAUCUGAGACUCACUGGUCUUCCCUACUUCGAAGCUAGGACUUGGGGCAGGACACUCUCAAAUCAUGAGCUCUAAGGAUUUUUCAAACCCUAUCCGGCUUGGAACCCAGGUUAAGACAUGGCCAAAUCUUGAGCUUAAGUCCCAAUUGUACUCAGCCCUGACCCCAUUGAACCCUUGCACCUAGGUGACCCUAACCCUCAGCAAACCCAAUAGCCUCCUUCCAACUCUGUUUAGAGGUUUUCUCCCUCCCCCACAAUAUUUCCAGUAUUAAGGACCAAGGUGUGGGGCUGACUAGCGAUAGCCCCAACUUGGAAUGGAGCACAUAUAUUAGUGUUCCUGCAACAAUAAAGCCGUUGAAUGCCAAGCUA